AUGAGCAAGUUAAACUAUGUAUUUAAGCCGUUAUUUAUUGACACCACUGAGUAUAGUUACAUGGAUGGCAAGACUGAGAAAUCAUUCACAAUAAAAAAUAAACUAGAAACAAAAAAUGGAAAAGGAAAAAUGUAAUAAAGUGAACCGCUUGCCUAAUUUAAGAACGAUACGAUGAAAUAAAGCAAUAAUAGAGCUUAAACCAGUAGGUGGCUGAGGUAAUCUUCUUUUGCAAAAAAUUCAACAAUAAAUUCCAAUACGCCACUAAAUAAUUGUAUAAUAAAAACAGAAAGUAGAAUGGAAGAUGAAAUUAUUAUAUCAAACAGCAGGAACACUUCUGAAAAAAGAAAUAUCAACAUUCCCCCAUUAAAUUACGUUGAUUUUAAUAUUUCAGUGAUGAAUGGAGAAGGGAGCUAUUCAUUUUAUAAAGCUUUAAAACUAAUAAACAAAGAUUAACUAUUAAUGAGAAAGAAAAAGAAGUCUGCUUAAAACUCAAAAACUGUUUCAACUUAAGAGAAUGAAAUAACUUAAUUUGAACAAUUAGAGAAUUAACACCCUAAAGAUAUGAUGGAAAAAAUAAGUAAAAUGCUUGCUAUCAAUGAAAGAUAUACUCCAGUUAGAAAACAAAGUCGAACAAGGGAGACUUUUACAAGGAAUUUAAAAUUUUUAGAUUAAUCAUUUUAAGAAUCGACGUCACCGGAUAAAAAAUUAUAAUCCGUCAUUUAAAAUUAUUUUGAUAAAAAAAAAGCACAUGAGGAAGAAUAAAAUAAAUAAUAAGAAAUCACCUUAACUUAGCUUUCAGAGUAAACGAGACCAAAUAAAAAUAACAAUAGAAUGAGAAUAUCUACAACUUUUUUAAAAUAAUUGGUUCAUUAAGUAGAUGAAGAAUAAAAACAAAAAUAAACUAAAUUUUAAAACAACAAUUUUUAAUCACUUAAAUCAUCCUAAUUCAAAGAUAAAAUUAAAAAAAAAUAAAAUGCCAUAUUUAGUAUCCAAGUUAGAUUAAUAUUUAAAAAAAUGUUUAAUUAGAUUCUGAAUUGCGUCAGAAAAAUGAAAUUAAUGAAAUUAACACUAAAAGAAAUAUUUCAAAAUGGAGUCAUCUAAAAGAAGGCAUAUGAAAGAGAAGGCUCAUUCUAAUUUUUUGAGGGAAUAGAAGAUGAUAAUCUAUAACUUAUAAAUUUUAUGCUCUUAAAAUGUAGAUAUUAUGCAUUCGAUAUAAACGAAGAAGGAAAAACACCUUUACAUAUAAGUUCAAAAAAAGGAUUCUCAUAAAUAACAGAAAGAUUACUUUAAUCCGGGGCCUAUAUUGAUUCUGUAGAUAAGGAUGGCAAAACUCCAUUAUAUUAUGCUAUAUAAUCUUAGCAAAAACAGACAGUUUUGCUUCUAUUAUAUUAUAAAGCCAAUCCAUGGUCCAUUAAUAAUUGUAAAUAUCAAUGCAGCAAUACAGAUAUUAUGCAUUUGAUAAAGAUAUCAAGAUAAAUUCAUCUUAUACUGCUUUUAACAAAAUAUAGUGAUAGAGAUAGACAAUGGUAGGAAUCAAGAAAAAAAUUACUGUGUUGA